AUGGAAUAUUCAUGUGUUCAAUUAAAUGAUUUACCUGACGAAAUUCUUAUAACUAUUUUUAAAAAAUUGGCUAAUAUAGAGGUACUUUAUUCUUUAGUAAGUGUCAAUAAACGGUUAAACAAAAUCGCACAUGAUUUUGUUUUUACAAAUAAUUUGGCCCUUCUGUGGUCAACAUCGGAUGGUUUUGUUUAUUCAUUACAUGAUCCAAUACUUGAUCGAUUUUGUUUACAUAUUUUACCUAAAAUUCAUCAAAAAAUCAAAUGGCUUGAGCUUGAAUCACAAUCAAUGGAACGCAUUCUUCUUGCUACAAAUUAUCCUAAUUUAUAUGGAAUUAGUUUAUAUAAUAUGCAAGCAGAAACAGCUAUAGGUCUAUUUACUGAGGAAACUUCCGUACUUCGUACCUUGAAAAAUCAAAUUUUAUCACUGACUAUCGAUAUUAGUACAACGGGAACACAACAUCGUCCAGCAGAUGUUCAUAGAAUUAUAUUUACACAUAUCUUUACCAUGUUUACUAAUUUACAAUAUUUAAAUUUUGGUUUAUAUUCAAUUCGUGAUCAACGAUUAUCAAUUCGUACACCACUCCUAACUGUUAUCUCUGCAAAUUUGUUAGAAUUACACGUCUCUUUAGAUAAUUUUCAGGAUUGUCUUUACUUACUUGAUGGUCGUUUCAAUAAACUUCAUACACUUUGUGCUGAUAUUUUUUUCAUUCGCUCUUCGCGUCAAUGCCAUAUUUAUUCAUAUCCAUAUAAACUGAAACAUUAUGAUGAUAUAACAAAUAAUUUUCCAGGUGGAAUAUUCAAAUGUGUUCGUAAAGUAUCAUUAUUUGAUGAACGUCCUUUUGAACAUGAAUUUUUCCUUCAAAUUGCUCAAUCAUUUCCAUUCAUGGAAAAAUUAUAUGUAACUAAUCAAAAACAACAAAUUAAUAAACGAUUUAGAAAAUCUAAGAAUGAAAAUCAAAAUUUAUCAAUCAUUAAAUAUCCUCAUCUUAAAUAUCUUCAUCUUGUUAAUGCUUGCAAAGAUUAUCAUGAACAAUUCUUACUCGAUACCAAAACGUGUUUACCACUUGAUGUUGGUGUUUAUAUGAAUUAUAAACUAGUGAAAAAAUUGACACGGAAUUUUAGACGAAAUACAACACGAAGUAACUGUGCGAAACUGAAUUACGUAUAUUUACAUCGAAAAGUAGAAUUUCCUGGAUAUUCAAACAGCUUUUUUUCUACAAAAACUCAACUUCCUGAACAUGUAAAAGACUAUUUUCCUCAUGCGGAAAUAAACUGA